UUCAAACAAAAAAAAAACAUCUUGUUUAAUUCACAACUACUUAAGAUGAAACUUAUAAUUGCAAAAAUGAAUAAGGGAAUUUAUUUCAGCCUAAUUCAUUUUGUUACUUUCUUGAUCCUAUUUUCCUUGGUUUGUACUAACACAUUAGUGGAGGCUCAAAAAUGCAAGCCAAGUGGAAAAAUUAAGGGUAAAAAGCCCCCAAAAGAUCAAUGUAGCCCUGGUGAUGAAUGUUGUAAAGAAGGGAAAUUUUACACUACUUACAAAUGUUCACCUCCGGUUACAGGUCACACGAAGGCAAUUCUUACUAUCAACGACUUUGACAAAGGUGGUGAUGGUGGCGGUCCAUCUGAAUGUAGUGGCACGUAUUACCAUAACUCUAUUCCGGUGGUGGCUCUGUCCACCGGAUGGUACAGUAAAGGGAGACGAUGUUUUGAAAACAUUACCAUACAUGCAAAUGGGAAGAGUGUGAAAGCCAUGGUUGUCGAUGAAUGUGAUUCGGGUGAAGGGUGUGAUGCACCACAUGCAUACCAACCUCCUUGCCCGAAUAACAUUGUGGAUGCUUCUGAAGCAGUGUGGAAAGCUUUAGGUGUUCCUAAGAAAGACUGGGGUUGGCUUGACAUCUCCUGGUCUGAAUAAUGAAUCUUGAUAUAGAAUCUUCUGGCUUUUAAUAAAUACCCUGCAUAUCCCGAGGAACUGACAACAAGUUUCAGUUCCCUUCGUCAAAUAAUACUCUUUCUUUCUUUA